CCGUCAACUUGCUCCGCGGUCUGCGUCCGAUUUCGUGGUCGCCUGUGCAGCGGCGGCGCGGCGAUGAGGCAGAAACGCAAAGGCGACCUCAGCCCUGCUGAGCUGAUGAUGCUGACCAUCGGAGAUGUUAUUAAACAACUGAUUGAAGCCCAUGAACAGGGGAAAGACAUUGACCUGAAUAAGGUGAAAACCAAGACAGCAGCCAAAUAUGGCCUGUCAGCGCAGCCCCGCCUGGUGGAUAUCAUUGCCGCAGUCCCCCCUCAGUAUCGGAAAGUCUUGGUUCCCAAGUUAAAGGCCAAACCCAUCAGGACUGCCAGUGGAAUUGCUGUUGUAGCUGUGAUGUGCAAACCACACAGGUGUCCACAUAUCAGUUUUACAGGAAAUAUAUGUGUCUAUUGCCCUGGUGGACCUGAUUCUGAUUUUGAAUAUUCAACCCAGUCUUACACUGGAUAUGAGCCAACCUCCAUGCGAGCUAUUCGUGCUAGAUAUGACCCUUAUCUACAGACAAGACACCGGAUAGAACAGUUAAAACAGCUUGGUCACAGCGUGGACAAAGUGGAGUUUAUUGUGAUGGGUGGAACAUUUAUGGCUCUUCCAGAAGAAUACAGAGAUUAUUUUAUCCGGAGUUUACACGAUGCUUUAUCAGGACAUACUUCUAACAACAUUUACGAGGCAGUCAAGUAUUCUGAGAGAAGCCUCACGAAGUGUAUUGGAAUUACUAUUGAGACAAGACCAGAUUAUUGCAUGAAGCGGCACCUAAGUGACAUGCUCACCUAUGGCUGCACGAGGCUGGAGAUUGGGGUGCAGAGUGUCUAUGAAGAUGUGGCCAGAGACACCAACAGGGGCCACACGGUGAAGGCAGUAUGUGAGUCAUUCCACCUGGCCAAAGAUUCUGGGUUCAAAGUUGUGGCUCAUAUGAUGCCUGACCUGCCGAACGUGGGACUCGAACGAGACAUUGAACAGUUCAUAGAGUUCUUCGAGAACCCUGCUUUCCGCCCUGACGGUUUGAAACUCUACCCUACCCUGGUGAUUCGUGGCACUGGGCUGUAUGAGCUUUGGAAAUCAGGAAGAUACAAGAGUUACUCUCCCAGUGACCUGGUCGAGCUGGUGGCUCGGAUUCUCGCCCUUGUGCCUCCCUGGACUCGAGUGUACCGAGUGCAAAGAGACAUCCCGAUGCCCCUGGUGAGCUCAGGCGUGGAGCACGGCAACUUGAGGGAGCUGGCCUUUGCAAGGAUGAAAGACCUCGGGAUACAGUGUCGAGAUGUGAGAACCAGAGAAGUUGGAAUACAAGAAAUUCAUCACAAAGUACGGCCAUAUCAGGUUGAAUUAGUAAGGAGAGACUAUGUUGCAAAUGGUGGCUGGGAAACGUUUUUGUCCUAUGAAGAUCCUGAUCAGGACAUUCUGAUUGGCCUCCUGCGAUUACGGAAGUGUUCAGAGGAGACUUUCCGGUUUGAGUUGGGCGGUGGUGUUUCCAUAGUUCGAGAGCUGCAUGUCUAUGGGAGUGUGGUUCCCGUGAGCAGCCGGGAUCCUACAAAAUUUCAGCAUCAGGGUUUUGGCAUGCUGCUGAUGGAAGAGGCAGAAAGAAUAGCUCGAGAAGAACACGGAUCUGGGAAAAUAGCUGUUAUAUCAGGGGUUGGCACCAGGAAUUACUACAGGAAGAUUGGCUACAGAUUGCAAGGCCCAUACAUGGUGAAGAUGCUCAGGUAACAGCUACCUCUACGCAGCAUCCUCCAUGGCGAAGGACAGACUCUCCAUGUCUGGCAUUGAGCAGAGAGGCCAGACCUACGCUGUCCACCGGCAGGGAGCACGCCUCAUCCCGCAGCUGCAGAGUCUGGAAAACACUUCCACAGUCAGUCCGGGCACCUGCUGAUGGAGCCCGGGACCCCUCUCCUGUGUGCACCCACAGCAUCCCUCCAAUCAUGUAACCCAUUUCUAAAUUCUAUAUGAGAGCUGCAGGUGACUUUUGGGGGCUCAAACAGACAGCAUCCUGAUGCAGGAGUCUCCUGACUGUCUCUGGUGGCAGCCUCAGGCAGAGAAUGACACACUGGGGACACAAAUCAGGUCGAAACCAACAAAGGCAGUCACGCUGCAAUCCCAUCCACAUUCGCCUGCGACUUAAGCACGCGAGCUUUGGUUUUAAUAGACAGCGUUCUGGUUUCUGUGCUGGUGUUUCGGGAGCAUGCAGUGGUGGGAGAAGAGUCAGCUGUGGGUGGUGGCGUGGGACACAGCUGUCCCCAGGCUCCUGUGUAUCACAUGUGGUCACGCCUUCCCACAUGCUCAACCACGGUGCCCAGACUGGGCCAUCCAGCACCCAUCCCAAGCCGGGCACAGCCCAGCGCACCUGGCCACAGCCUGCGUGGCCCUGGUUAAGACUCCCCCACAAAACCAGAGCCUGCGUGUGAAUUGUUGAAGGAGGAUGCUGGUGUGUGUUAAAUGCAGACAGGUAACGCGUGUGUGAAGGCAGAAGUGGGGUAAAUAGGGCCAGAUCUAAAACUAGGAAAAAGCAGUUUUCACAGAGUUCACCCAUAGACCAGCCUCAGCCCUUCCUGCGCGGCCAGCGGAGGCCCAGCUGCCCACCGCGGCCCACCGGCGUCCCGCAGCCCCUCGGUUUGCUCAGCAGAGCUCAUUCCUCUUUGCGGUCUGAAAAUAAAAUCUUUAGC